CUGAGGAUAUCAUAGUCUCAUCCACUAUUCAAUUUUUUUUUACAAAGGACAGUGUUGUGUCGAAACUGGUCGUCGAAACUGUUGUUCCACCGAUGACGUGUGGGUUGACGCUAGACAGCAAGUCAAGCAAGUAGCGUUUCGACAGUUUGCCUUCAUUUUCUUUAAGUAAAAGAAUCAGAAUAACCAAAUUAACAUACGUACUGUAAGAGUAUUCUAGUAAUAGUAAAUUCAUGCGAUGGAAGUUCGUCGCAGGCGAACAAGAGCACACGAUAAUAAGCAGUGGCAAGUGCAAAGCGCCAAGUUUGAUUCUGAACAGAUUCCUGCCAAUUGUGUCGGAGAUAUUCAACAAGAUGAACAUGGUGGAGAAAUUCCUUCAUAUACGUUUGAAAAAUGUAAGACGAGAGAACAAUUGGUAACCGCGUCAACACAAACCCGAAUUAAAAUAAAUUUCGAAAUUGAUUUAAUUUCAAUUAUUUUAUUGGUUACUGGAAUUGUUACUCGUCUUUAUCGCUUAGAAGAACCACGCAGCAUUGUAUUUGAUGAAUUGCAUUAUGGAAAAUAUGUGGGACUUUAUAUGAAAAGGACAUUUUUUUUCGAUUCGCACCCCCCUCUGGGAAAACAACUUAUUUCCGGAGCAGCAUAUUUGGCGGGUUUCGAUGGUCAAUUCAAAUUCGAUAGAAUUGGAAGCCCCUACGUGGGUAACGUCCCAUUGUUCGCAUUGCGAUUAGUACCCGCAUUAUGUGGUAGUUUUUUAAUUCCAACAGCAUAUCACUUGAUCCUAGAAUUGGGUUUAAAACAAUGGACUGCAACAUUAGCAGGAAUAUUAUUAUUAUUCGAUAAUGCUCUCUUAACACAAUCCAGAUUUAUUUUAAUGGAAAGUAUUUUAAUGCAAUUUUCAUUAUUUGGGUUGAUAUGUAUCAUGAAAUUUAGAAAAGUAAUGGAUCAACCAACAACUUUAUCAUGGUGGAUAUGGCUAAUUUUGGGUAUUGCAAGCUUAACGUGUGCAUUAUGUGUAAAAUAUGUUGGAUUAUAUUCAUUGAUUCUUGCGUUAUCCUUAAUUGCUUAUGAUUAUUGGACUCUCAUACCAAGGAAGACUUUAUCCAGUACAAUACUAUACAUGCAUCUUCUAGUGAGAAUUAUUGUAGUGUUGGGUACAAUUUUGACAGUUUAUUUAACUGUAUUCUAUAUUCAUUUAUCAGUACUCUCUAAAGCUGGACCACAUGAUUCUGUAAUGACAAGUGCAUUCCAAGCAAGUUUGGAAGGUGGUCUUGCUAGUAUUACAAAAGGUCAACCGUUAGAAGUUACUCAUGGUUCACAGAUUACUUUAAGACACACAUAUGGAAGAGCUUGUUGGCUUCAUAGUCAUAAUCACAUGUAUCCAUUGAGAUAUCCAGAUAAUCGAGGUAGUUCACAUCAACAGCAAGUUACAUGUUAUUCUUUCAAAGAUGUCAAUAAUUGGUGGAUUGUGAAAAAACCAGAAAGAAAUGAUUUAGUUGUUACCAAACCUAGUGAACCAGUAAAACACGGAGAUAUAAUACAAUUAGUACAUGGAAUUACAAGUCGAGCAUUGAAUUCACAUGAUGUUGCAGCUCCAAUAACUCCUCAAAGUCAGGAGGUGUCUUGUUACAUUGAUUAUAAUGUAUCAAUGCCAGCUCAAAAUCUUUGGAGAGUGGAAAUCACUAAUAAAGACAGCAAUGGUGAUGUGUGGUAUGCUAUUCAAAGUCAAGUACGUUUAAUACAUGUGACUACUGAUUAUGCAUUGAAGUUCAGUGGUAGGCAAUUGCCUGAUUGGGGUUUUAACCAACACGAAGUAGUAGCGGAUAGAUUAGUAGAUCAAACGGAUUCCAUAUGGAAUGUCGAAGAACACAGAUAUACCAAAAGCGAAGAUCAGAAACAAAGAGAAAGAGAUUUGAUUAAUGCUGAAAUGAUUCCAUUACAAGCUACUACUUUGAGUUUCUGGGAAAAAUUUGUGGAGUUACAGGUGAAAAUGCUUUUUAGUGGUCAGGAAGGACAAAAUAGUCAUAUGUAUUCUAGUGAUGCUUUAGAUUGGCCAUUGAUGUCUAGAGGAAUUGCAUAUUGGGUUUCAAGUGACAGUAAUGCUCAAGUACACCUUUUAGGAAAUAUAGUAAUUUGGUAUUCUGCAACAGCCUGUAUGAUCAUAUAUUCACUUCUAUUAAUAUUUUAUAUGUUAAGAAGAAGAAGAAUGUGUUUCGAUAUUACACAUACAGAAUGGAGCAAUUUUUCUAAUACCGGAAGUAUUUUAUUAACUGGAUACUUGCUACACUUCUUGCCUUUUAUAUUUGUUGAAAGAACUCUUUUCCUUCAUCAUUAUUUACCGGCAUUUAUCUUUAAGCUAUUGCUUACAGCAGCAACAAUAGAACAUCUAUAUUAUUUAAUUGGAACUAGAUACCAACAAAAUGUUUUAGUGCAUAUAUUAAGAUGCAGUACUUUUAUAUGGAUAGGUUUUAUUAUAUAUGUAUUUAAAAAAUUUUCUGUACUUAGUUACGGUACAAUACAUUUAAGUGCUAAGGAAGUUUUGAAGUUAAGAUGGCGGGACACAUGGGACUUCAUUGUACAUAAAACUUAA